CACUCUCGCUGCUCCGUCUUCUGUAGAGGUUCCAGUUGUGGUCGCCGUUUGCUUCUUCGACCUUCAUUCAUCAAUCAAGAUGGUUCUUCAAAAUGAUAUCGAUUUGCUUCAUCCACCAGCUGAUCUGGAGAAAAGGAAGCACAAGCUCAAGCGGUUUGUGCAGACCCCAAAUUCUUUCUUCAUGGAUGUCAAAUGCCAAGGAUGUUUCAAUAUAACUACUGUGUUCAGUCACUCGCAAACCGUUGUGGUGUGUGGGAACUGCCAGACAGUGUUGUGCCAGCCUACUGGUGGGCGUGCCAGGCUCACUGAGGGUUGUUCCUUCAGGAGGAAAGGGGACUGAUUCUCCAGCUUAAUACACUUUUCGGUCUUGUUCAUUUAUGCAGAAGAGUGCUUUUGAGCCUUGAUUCAAUGAUGAAAGAAAAGAAAUGGGUGAAUGUUAUUGUGUUACUAUCUAGAAUUGCUUUUUGAUAUUUAAUUUUGUUAAAAUGGCUU